CGGACCAUGCCUAGAGCAUUGUUUUAUGUUCAUUGUUUUCAAUAGUGGUCCUUGGGUGGCGGAUUAUGGUUAGAAUUGAGUGUCGACAACUGUUUCCCUCGACUAUUAUCUUUUCGUCAACUUCCUUCGAAUGUUUCAACUCACGUAACUGCCAUUGCAAAUCAUAAACGGAAAAUGCAAUUUAAUGCGACGUUUACUUCGGACUAAAUAAGGAAUAAACUAGUAACGUGCAGUUCAACAAAAACAAAGAGAACUGCUUAAUUCUCUUAUUGAGACCUUUCUCUUAUUAACACAAUAGCGAUCUAAAAAAAAAUAUUUAUUUUAAAAGCGACUAUCAAUCUUUUACAAUUCUUUUUAGAUACACAUACAGAAUAAAAAUGGACUACACGUCUUUUAUGAGGAGCAAUAAAAUAGAUAAAUUUGGUAUUGAUAUAACUAUUAAUGAAAUAUAUGUAUUUAUGUCCACAGGUGAAACGGGACUAAUAAAUUAUUUCUCUUUAGCAUGCUACAAUGAGCUCAGAAGAAACAGAGGAAUGGAUUCCCAAGUUGGAAAUAAAAUUCUAUGGAUCUUACUCGUGACGUUAGGUGGUGCAUACGGACAAACGUUUUGUCCUUCACCUGAGCUUAUACUGCCUUGCAUAUGUACAAAUCGUAACGAAGAUAUUCAAAUAUGGUGUACGCACAGCGAUUUACCUCAAGUAUUAAAAGGCAUUCAGAAAAUAGGAGAUUUUAUCAGAAAACCUAUCGACGAGCUUAUAAUAGAAAAUAACUAUCUCCCAUCGCUGCCGGGGAAGAUAUUUCAAAAUGUGAAAAUACUAAGGUUGAUGUUGCGCCAUAAUGGCGUAGAAAGGUUAUCUGCGGCUUGGUUGGAAACACAAGAAAUGAAUCUGGUGGAGAUAUUUAUUGUUGAGAAUGACUUAAGAAAUUUUCCGGCAGAAAGUUUGAUGAAAUUACAUAAUCUCCAAGCUAUAACAAUUCAAUCACAUAACUUAAAAAGAAUCCCUGCUUUGGUAAAUAUGCCGAAAUUGCGAUAUAUUAGUCUUAAUUCAGGAAGUUUGAGCAUUAUUAAUGAACAUACAUUUGAUAAUCUACCGAGUUUAGAGAGGCUAUUUAUACAAGGAAGUCCCAAUCUUCAUACACUUAUGGAAAAUUCAUUCUACAAUUUACCAAAAUUACGAAAAUUAGAAAUAACGCAUUGUGGCAUCAGAGUGAUACAUAUGCGAGCACUUUCUUUACUUCCGGUGCUCACUGAACUGUCUUUAAGUAAUAAUCAAAUUUCUGACGCAACUAUGGUCGGCAGGGCAACAAGAGAUCUUUCGUUUUUGUCAAAUUUAAAUUUGAACUAUAAUUUGAUUGAUAAAUUAAACGAAGGGGCAUUUGUAGAUCAACCUAUGUUAGAAAAUCUGUUGUUAUCUAACAACAACAUAAAUAUUAUUCAUCAUGGAGCAUUUCAUAGGGUCCCUAAACUGAGGGUAGUAGACCUUAAUUAUAACAGGAUAAGUCAAAUACAUCCAGAAUCAUUUUUGCAACAAUCAGGAAGUGGAGUUGAAGAAUUAAAUCUUAUCGGAAAUCAAAUAAUGCACAUAUCAGAAUUUCGUGCUUUGCUCGAUGCCUUACCGAGAUUGAAGUUUUUAGAUAUGAGUGAUAAUUUACUUCAAGAAAUUCCGAGGGGUGCACUGAGAGGCCAUCCGAGUUUAGAGCGAUUACAUUUGAAUAAAAAUAGUAUUAAGUAUAUUCAGGCAGAUGCAUUUGUAGCAAUGCCAGCUCUUAGAGAAUUGCAUCUAAGUAACAACUCUUUGACCGAUAUGAAUGAAGGACCUUUCUGGAAUUUGCCAGCCUUAAAAGGCUUGGAUCUUUCUAACAACUACUUCCAACGCCUACAACCAAAAAUGUUGUACAAUCUGCCAGCAUUAAGACGCAUUAACUUCAGCAAUAAUCAGCUAUCAAUAAUUGAUCCUAUUACAUUCAUGGAGUCGCCUUUAUUGGAGUAUGUAAAUAUUUCCGGAAACGCCUUAGUUUCCAUUCAUCCUGCUACUUUCAGAAAUUUACCAAACUUGUACGAAAUGGACGCAAGCUCAAACAGAAUAAUAGAAUUUGUUCCUGGUUUACCCAGAGGUUUGGAGCAAUUGUAUUUACAGAAAAACCAAAUCACGAGUUUACCCGUCUCGCCAUCACCAGAUUUGGACUUACCAGCGUUGCGAACUUUGGACAUAUCAAAUAAUGGAAUUCAGAAAAUUCCCCAUGGAUGCCUAAAAAGUUUGCACCAUUUGCGACGACUGUUCAUGAAACGUAAUGGGUUGAGGCAGAUUGACACCACAACAUUCAGCGAUUUAGAACGAUUAGAAGUACUUGAUCUGAGCGAUAAUCAAAUUUUAUCAGUGCAUCCUAAAAGUUUUAGUAAAAUGGUUCAUUUAAAACAAGUGAAUUUACAUGGAAACACAAUUGAAAAUUUUGAUUUUGUGGCUAUACAGGAGAAUGCAGCAUUAUCAGCUUUAGAUUUUAGCAAAAAUAGAUUGAAAAGUAUAAGCCCUAACUUGGUCAAUAGAGCUUUAGAAGUGGAGGUAUUGAAUAUAUCGUCAAAUAAUUUAAAUGACUUGCCCUUUACAUUAAAUAUACUACCUAAAUUAAAAAUAUUGGAUGCAAGUUUUAAUCACAUUAAACAUUUUGAUGGCAAUACUAUACAUAACAUUCAUACAUUAGCAGAAAUAAAAUUUCCAAAUAAUAAAAUUGUAGAACUGCGCGCUGGCAGUUUUCAAGAUUUAAGAGAUCUUCACACAAUUGAUUUGGAUCAGAACCAAAUUGAGAUAAUUCAUCCUAAAGCAAUUGCAAAUUUGCCUAAUUUAGUAUCUGUGUAUUUAAGCAGAAAUCAUAUUAUAGACUUACCGGAUAACGUUUUUUCUAAUUUACCAAAACUAAGAAUAAUAGAACUACAAGGGAACAGGCUACAGUUCAUAUCACCAAGGGCCUUCGAAAACAUACCGCUAGUACAGUACUUGAAUAUGAGCAAUAAUCAACUGACAAACAUUGAUAACUCAGGUUUAAGGCUACUGACUUCACUUGAAGUUUUGGAUUUAAGUUUUAAUAAACUAACAAAGAUAACAAGAGCGUCUUUUCAAUACAUGGAAUGGCUGGUUGAGCUCAAUCUAGAUAACAAUCAGAUAUGCUACAUUAGUGGCCAACCAUUCGAUUUUAUGCCACGACUUAAAGUUCUUUCUCUGCGGCAUAAUAAACUGAGUACAGUUACAGAACCAACAUUUAUAAAGUUGAGAAAUAACAUUGCUAUUCUAGAUAUUGAUGGUAAUCCGCUUAUUUGCAACUGUGCGAUUAUUUGGUUGAAAGCUUGGUUGUCCGAAUCUUCCACAGUUGGACCAAAAUGUGUUGAUGGAACAUAUGUGAAAUCAAUGCCGUUUUCAAGAAACGAUUGCAUUAAUAUAGCAGUACAAGAUGAAGAUCUCCGGUCAUGCGUUACUCACGAAAACGAAGCACUACUCCCUAACUUAGCUACAUCACAAGUGUUCUCAUCCUUAGACAAAAUAAGAGACUACACGACACAAAUAAAAAACAACUAUCACAUAAACAAAAUUAACAACAGACCCUCUCCAGAGGAAUCAGACUAUUUCUACGACGAGUAUGUCGAUUAUCCGUACAAUGAAACUCUGAUUGAUGGUCUCAAUAACGAUAUUAAUGCCAUACAUAACAAUAACAAAUCUCAAGAAAGUCAAGGUAUACCGACGAUUUAUGCUGGAAUGAAGAACUCCAGUCAACAAAUAAAAACGACAAACACAAAACCGAAUAGUGGAUUUACAUUCUUCGGUAUGCCACUUCCUGCAUUGGACAUGGGUAAACUGUUAAACAGCGGGCGCAAAGUGGACUGGACCGACAAAACUGCUCAACACAAUAAUAAAUAUCAAAGUCAGGAACCACCUAAAUUUGAAACUGGUGGAUUCUCUCCUAUAUUACCUACAACAGCUGGAGGUUUUAAGCCUAUACCAAACCCUGCAGUAAAUAUUUCUCAGACAACAGUCGCUCACAGCGGACCAAACUAUAGUAAAAAAGGCAGUAUGGAACAAACAAUCGCUGCAGUGUCGUCAAAACCGCCGACUACAAAAUCACACAACAGCACCACUCAUCAGAAAAUGAAAAGUGAAAUUCAUGAACUCCAAGCUUAUGUCGAUGAUGACAAUAGUACGCAUGUAGCAUAUAAUAGGACUAAAAAUGUUGAAGAACAAAAAAUUGAUCCCACCAAUCUCAGCAAAUAUAAUUUAAUGGAAUCAAACCUGACAAUAACACAAGUUACAGAAAAAGAAGGCAUAUUGAUAACUACAGAUACAACAAAUGAUAUGUCCCUUCAGGCAUGGAUGGAAACAAGUAGUCAGUCUUACUCUUCCACACCAGUAACAUCUAAACCAGUUAUAAAAAAACACAUUGAAAAUGAUCAGCCAACAGCAUUGUCAGCUAUUCUAGUUCCUAGUAAUGAGGAAAUUGCAAAGAGAAAUUAUACAACCAACACAAACCACAAAAGAGCAGGUACAAUAACCAAAGUGAACAUGCCCCAUGUGGCUCAUUUUGAACAGGAUAAUUAUGCUCCAGUAAUAAAUAGGGAAGGAAAGACGAGAUUUUCGGAGAGUACAAAUAUUGGCAAUAAUAAACCUAGGCAAAUUAAUGAUAAAGACUGGUAUUAUAAAAAUUAUAACAAUUCAAAUUUGGAACCAUACAUAGCGCCUGGUGUCCACACUUCUAAAAGUGAUAGUUUUCGAGAACUAAUUCCAUUAACACUACUGAUUACAUGUUCAAUAAUGAAUUUAAUUUUGAUUGUAUAACUUUAAAGUUAACACUAUUCUGUGUAUUAUAUUAUAUUCAUUGUUUUAUUUUAAGAACACCAAAUUAGUUUCUAAAACAAAUUAGAAAUAGUGAAUACCAAAAUCCCUCAUUUUUUUUCACCCUUUGCAUUAAUUGACACAGAUAGCAAAUGUGAGAAAAUCUAUGGUCCUGUCCCUUUAGAUACAUAUCUCUCACAUUAGAUAUUAAACUA